GGCGGGGGCGCGGGCGCAGGCGCAGGCGCGGGCGGGGCGCAAAGGUUGGAGUCUUCUCAUCCAGACCUUCGCCGGAGGGGCCGCAGCAUCAUGACGGUGGGAGCCAGGCUCCGAAGCAAGGCGGCGAGCGGUUUCCUGCGCCGCGGGCCCCGGGGGCGAGCGCGGGCGAAGGGGGACGAGGAGGCGGCCGCCCUCCUGGAGCAGCCGGAGCGCGGGGACGAGGCGGCGAGCGGCGCGAGCGCGGGGCGCCCGGGGGCCCGGAGCGCGCGCAAGGUGCACCUGGCCGUGCUCCCCGAGCGCUACGAGCCGCUGGAGGAGCCGGCGCCCGGCGAGAAGCCCAAGAGGAGGUACCGGCAGAAGCUGAAGAAGUACGGCAAGAACUUUGGGAAGGUCGUCACCAAGGGAUGCCGCUACGUGGUCCUCGGCCUGCAAGGCUUCGCCGCGGCCUACUCUGCCCCAUUCGGAGUCGCCACCAGCGUGGUCUCGUUCGUCCGCUAGCGGGAGCGCGGACGGAAGCCCCGCGCUGGGAGCUGUGCGGGCCCAGGACCAUCUCCGACCUGAACCCACAAAAUCCUUGGAGGAAAUCAGUGUCUUUCCUUGUUGCAUUGGAUGAAUGCAAUGAACGGAACAUCCCUGCCCAUCCACUGAGCUUUUCAUGACUCUAGGACACAGGUGGCUCCGAUGGACAGUCCUGCAGAGAGUCAGGCCUGUUUUAGGUGUGGGGUUAUGGUGUGCGGACACCGAAGCCUUCACCCAGAGGCCGCGGCGGGCUGGCCCAGAGACAGACACUUGGCAGAGGGGGGCAUUCUUGGUGGGUAGCGCACUGGGGAUUAUGAGGGGGGAAAGGGAUUUUGACCUGGACUAAUAAGAUGAUUUGUUAUGUUCUGGAAAGGUCGCAGGCCAGCUUGGCGCUCACAGCCCUUGGCCGCCUCGAUUCUGGGGACAGCAAAGGAUCGUUUGUCUGUCAUGAACCCCAUCUCCUUCUUCCACCCCUUUGUCACCAGGAGUUUAAUUAUGGGCUUGAGAAGAAGAAGGAAGGAAGGAAAAUCUCUUUGAAGGUGGGGAUGCUUUGAAAACUGUGGAUGACGUGUGUGACUGUUGAAAGCAGAUAAAGCUUGUGAUUCCCCCCCCCCACAUGAAUGUGUGACUGGCGGGGAGGGAAGGAGGGGGUUCAGAGGCAGGCUGGGUGGGCUGGAGAGGUCACUGGAGGGCGUGCUUCUGCGGUUCCUGGGCCAGCCCAGGCCGGCUGCGGGCUCUGAGGUACAUGCCUGUGGCUGGCUGACGGCGGCCCCACUCAGCUGCCAGGCACCGUCGCCGACUCCCUGCCGCUGUCCUGCGCCUCUAAGCCAAGCCACCAGAGGUGCUUUGUCCGGAGAGAGGGGGACACUGCGCCUGGCAAGGAAAGAGUGUGAUUUAGAGAAGGAACCAGUAAGUAGGAGACAGGUGUGCUGGAAGUAGACAGAAAGAUGACGGACAGGAGGAGUGGAAGUCUGGGAGCCAGGUCUGGUUUAUCAGCCCUGGGAAAUCUUAGGUGGGCUGGGCUUUCAGCUCCAGGUAGGGACCAGGGGUGCUGGGGGGCUAGGGGUGCCACGGCUGGUGCUGGAAGCCCCCCUGAGGCCCAUGAGCAUUCUCUGGCUGCCUUUGUAGCGUCCUGUCCUCUUUGGUGCUGCCAAGUUGGUCCACAGCUCACCUGGAUUCAGAGCUCAGCGCCGCAUGGGUCUGGGGCUGGACGCUCCCCCAGGACGGCCCAGGGACUGCCAUUGGCCAGGGGGGUAAAAGACAGGGGAGGCUCCUCUUACUGUACCCCUCGGCCAACCCCCAUGAUAGGCCACCAUGUGGAUGUUACCAGAAUACCCGGAAAUCCAAAUUGUUUUUGCUGAUCAGUCUGUAGGGUGGGUGCCAACACCUGCAUGUGGCCCUGAGCAGUUCCCCAGGCCUCGCAGAGGAGCCCUCGGUGCUCAUGCCUCACCGGUCAAGCCAACCAGGUGGCAUCAGGACGUGGAGAAGGUGGGUGGGGAAGACAGACAGAUGGACGGAAGAAGGAACCGGUGUAGGAGAAAGUUGUAGCCAGACAUUCUGGAAGCUCGUGUUGAAGAUGAACUUUGUUCCAGUUCUUCCUCAUUAAUAUUUGUGAGGAAAAGAGAAAACAGAUGGUCUUGUUUUAACUCAAAUGAUGAAAGUGGAUGAUAGCACAUUUUCACACAUGGAAGAUAAUGACAGCUUGCCUGGUCACACUGGGACUCCGGGAGAAGAGACAGAAGUGGAAGAAAAAGCCAAGCAGAGUUUAGUGGGAGAGCCAGGCCUCCGUGGCCCACGGGUGACGGGAGGAGGCAGCCUGUGGUGGGCUUGGAGGAUGUCCCUCCCGGAGGCCCAGGGAUGCUGACCCGCCCCCAGAAGCCUGUUGUGUCCCCUUGGAACAGAAGUGUGACCCCGGAAGGGACCAGUGCUGCUGAGGCCUGUCUGUCAAGACCUUCCCCAUCCCAUCCCCAAAUUGGAGACAUAUCAGGCCAAGCACAUAGGCCCUGAAAUUCAAAUUGUUUGAUUAAAAAUCCACCUAGAAAUGUCAUCAGUCAGAAGCUGCGGGGAUUGCCCUGCGAGCCAGAUUCCUGUGUACAAAAGAUGACCUUGUCCAGUAUCCCUGAGAGCUCAGGCCCCGGGGACAGGGCAGAUUACCUUUUGCCUGUUUCUCUGUCUGCAGUUGUGUUUUGUUUUGUUUUUUUAGCGUCCUGGGUCCACACGCUACUGAGAAUUGAGUUUUAGAGCUUUGUCCUUACGCGCUUGACCAAGAGGCUGCUUUCGUACCCUUUUCUUGCCCUGUGAUGUAAAUAAACCCUUAAUUUGUGUAA